CAGUAAAUCAAACGAAUCACAACAAGAUUCAUGGAUUUCAAUCUACUUUUAUAGGGCACAACCUAAUCAAAUACACAAAUAGGGGGUCGUGGUUGCCUACCAAUCCAAUCUUCUAUUUUUGCUCACUUGUCAGCUUCAAAGACACUAGCCAAUCAAUAGCCGCUAUUGCAUAUACCCAUCCAUCAAACUCACACUCGAUUCUCCUCCACUUCACAAACACUUCUGCUACUACUGUGCAGUCAACGUGAAUCCAACACUCAUUUGAUUUCACGACUCCUACACAGACAGCAGGCCGAGGCAAAUGGUGACUACAUCUUCUUUAAACUUGGUGUUUACUCCCACAAAACCGACACCUCUCUCGUGGAAACACUCUUUUCCCUCACCUUUCACAACAGCCAACUGUACCCACCGCCAAAAUAGAAAAGCAUAUAGAUUCGUUGUCUUUGCCACUUUAUUGGCUGACCCCAAGCCCACAGUUCUCGUCGCCGAAAAGCUCGGAAAAGCUGGUCUCGAGCUACUAAAGACAUUUGCGAAUGUUGACUGCUCUUACAACCUGAGCCCUGAGGAGUUAUGUACUAAGAUUUCACUUUGUGAUGCGUUGAUUGUGAGAAGUGGGACUAAGGUCACCCGCGAGGUUUUUGAACGUUCAGGCGGCAGACUUAAGGUUGUGGGUCGGGCUGGCGUUGGUAUUGAUAAUGUUGACUUGUCGGCUGCCACGGAACAUGGGUGUUUGGUGGUUAACGCGCCGACGGCUAAUACGAUUGCGGCUGCUGAGCAUGGGAUUGCUUUGCUUACUGCUAUGGCCAGGAAUAUUGCUCAAGCUGAUGCCUCUAUUAAAGCUGGCAAGUGGCAGAGAAGCAAAUAUGUUGGGGUUUCACUCUUGGGGAAGACGCUUGCUGUCAUAGGGUUUGGAAAGGUUGGUUCAGAGGUUGCUCGGCGUGCCAAAGGUCUUGGCAUGCAUGUGAUUGCACAUGAUCCUUAUGCCCCUGCAGACCGUGCCCGCGCUAUAGGUGUGGAUUUGUUGACUUUCGAAGAAGCUAUAUUGAUAGCAGAUUUCAUCUCCCUACACAUGCCUCUUACCCCUGCUACAUCAAAAAUCUUCAACGAUCAGGCUUUCUCCCGGAUGAAGAAAGGAGUUAGAAUUGUUAAUGUUGCUCGUGGAGGAGUGAUCGACGAGGAAGCUCUAGUUAGAGCUCUGGAUUCUGGGAUUGUUUCUCAGGCAGCACUUGAUGUCUUUACAAAAGAGCCCCCUCCAAAAGACAGCAGGUUGGUGCUGCAUGAAAACGUGACAGUGACUCCUCAUCUUGGUGCUAGCACUACAGAAGCUCAAGAAGGUGUAGCCAUUGAAGUAGCGGAAGCUGUUAUUGGAGCUUUAAAAGGGGAACUUGCUGCAACUGCGGUAAACGCGCCAAUGGUUCCUGCUGAGGUUCUUGCAGAACUUGCACCGUUUGUCACUCUGUCAGAAAAGCUUGGCAGACUGGCAGUGCAACUGGUUGCCGGUGGAAGUGGUGUACAAUCAGUAAAGGUGACUUAUGCUUCUGCCAGAGGUCCAGAUGAUCUCGACACUCGGCUUCUUCGUGCAAUGAUUACCAAGGGUCUGAUUGAGCCUAUCACCAGUGUUUUUAUUAACUUGGUAAAUGCUGACUUCACAGCUAAGCAGAGAGGACUGAGGAUAACAGAAGAGCGAUUUCUGUUGGAUGGUUCACCUGAGAAUCCACUUGAGUUCAUCCAGAUUCAAAUUGCCAAUGUGGAAUCUAAAUUUGCCACUGCAAUUUCUGACUCUGGUGAGAUUAAAGUCGAGGGAAGAGUGAAAGACGGGAAGCCCCACCUCACCAAGGUAGGCUCAUUUGGUGUUGAUGUGAGCUUGGAAGGCAGCCUCAUACUUUGCAGGCAGGUUGAUCAACCAGGUAUGAUUGGCAGUGUGGGGAAUAUCCUUGGCGAGGAGAAUGUAAAUGUAAGUUUCAUGAGUGUUGGCAGGAUCGCUCCACGAAAACAGGCAGUGAUGACUAUUGGUGUGGAUGAGGAACCUAGCAAAGAAGCGCUAAAGAGAAUCGGGGAAAUACCAGCAAUUGAAGAAUUUGUGUUUCUUAAAUUGUAGUGCGCACAAUUCCAUCAUUCUUGAAAUGUAUUUUAAUGUUUAUGUUUCAAGUUUUUUUUUUAAAAAUAAAAUGCCAUCAAGAUACUACAUUGA